AUGAGGGAAAUUGUUCACAAACAGGUCGGCCAGUGUGGCAACCAGAUUGGUUCCAAGGUUUCUGACGUGCCAGUGGAGCCUAACAAUGCAGCAUUGUCUAUCAAGCAUCUUGUUGAGAACAGUGAUGAGACCUUCCGCAUGGACAACGAAGCCUCCCUGUAUGACAUGUGUUCGAGGACCCUCUAACUGACCGGUCUUACCUACGGUCACCUUAAUCACCUUGUGUCUGCUGCUAUGUCCGGCAUCAUAACAUGUCUCCGCUUUCCCGGUCAGCUAAACGCUGAUCUCCACAAAUUAGCUGUCAACAUGGUCCCUUUCCCUCGUCUCCACUUCUUCGUCCCCGGGUUUGCCCCUCUCGUGGCGAGAGGGGGCCAGCAGAACCAGGCCCUGACUGUUCCAGAACUUACGCAGCAGAUGUUUGACUCCAGGACCAUGGUGGCUGCAUGUGACCCGGAUUUCAUGAUGGCUGCAUGUGACCGGUGUCAUGACCGUUACCUAGCAGUAGCGGCAAUAUUCCGCGGAAAUAUGUCCAUGAAGGAGCUUGAUGAACAGAUGCUUCACGUCCAGAACAAGUGCAGCUCAUACCUUGUGGAGUGGAUCCCCAACAAUGUGAAAAAGGCCGUCUGUGAUGUACUUCCACAAAGGCUGAAAAUGUCCUCCACCUUCAUUAGCAACACUACAGCUAUACACGAAGUCUUCAAGCUUAGCUCUGGGCAGUUCAUCGCUAUGUUCCGUUGCAAGCCAUACCUUUUUCACUGGUACACUGGUGAGGGUAUGGAUGAGAUGGAGUUCACUGAGGCCGAGUCCAACACAGGCGACUUUGUGUCUGAGUAUCAACAGUAUCAUGAUGCUACAACCGAAAAUGGAUACGAAUAUGGAGAGGAUGGCCUUGAGGAAGAGUGA